AUGGCCGCAACUGCAACAGCGGCUGCAAUCAGAAAUGCGAAGCACAUGAUGCGGAUGUUGUUGUCUUCUCUUCCUGUUUCAUCACGCUCUACAUCGCUAUCAGCAAAGUGUUUCCUUUAUAAUCAGUAUCCACUAAAAUCGCAUGGCCUCGUGAGAUUAUCCUGUAGAAGCAUCACUGCCGACACAAACAAGAGGAAGAAGAAGGAGGAGAAAGAAAAGGGGGUAGCCAAAGAAAAGCGAAGAACCCGUUCACUGAGGGCUGCGGAUAUUCAGAUUUUUGAGCAGGAGGAGGAGGAUGGUUCUUCAUCUACUAGUACUACUUCAGUAGUGAUGCAGGAGUCCCAUGUCCCCGUUAUGUUGGGCGAAGUGCUUGAUGUCUUCUCUUCAAAUUCAAAGCCUCUCUCCUCUUUCGUCGAUUGUACUCUUGGAGCGGCUGGUCAUGCUUCUGCGAUAAUCCAGUCCCACCCAGAGCUCAAGCUUUUCAUUGGAAUGGAUGCGGAUCCCCUUGCACUCCGUAUGACUCGUUCUCGCAUCAAUGCAAUCUCCCAUCCUCACCCUAAUCCCAACUUGGAAGUCCUCACUUUUCUCAAGAAUUUCAGACACAACAAAUCCCUUCUCACUCAGGUCGACCACAUAUCUUCGGGAGUCGAUGGCAUCUUAAUGGACUUGGGAAUGUCAUCCAUGCAGGUCAACUGUCCUGACCGAGGCUUCAGUGUGCUCGCUAAUGGACCUCUUGAUAUGCGUAUGGAUCCUCAGGCUAGUCUGAAAGCACAAGACAUUGAAUUCUUGGCCAGAUAGUGAAUUAGGUAGAAUCCUUCGGGAUUAUGGAGAAGAAAGGAAUUGGCGAUUGCUUCAACACAAGAUUGUUCAGGCCCGUCUUCAGGGUGGAUUGCAUUCCACUGCUGAAUUGGUUGACGUUAUUCGGAGUGUCACUCCUGGGAUAAGA